ACCACACAUGCAUUUCUCCACGACCAGUGAAUCCAUGACUUUACACUUGCACCAUCAGACGAUUGCACACAUCCGACAUUCGCUUGCCCCAGACCCCCACGCACUUGUCGACGCGCUACCCCGUACCGUUUCAUCAUGUCCGGCGUAGACGACGUAGACGCACAGCGCAGAAACUACCGACGGCCACACAACGCGCACAAUCCCAUACCUACUGUCCAAAAGUACCGCGAAGAGAAGCAAAGGAGAGCAGACGAGUACGGCUAUUCAGAAGACGCGGGCAACGAGCCAAGCACACGCGACCGCCUUGGUGACGCCUUCAAUGUCUUCAGGCAUGGCAGGGACGUGGAGAAGGCCAACAAUGGCAACGGUCCAUAUGUAGCCACCAACAAGAAUGUCGAGCAGGAAGAUGAAUUGGCCGACGACCACGCUGGGAAGACCGUGUCAAGCGACAAAGACCAGGGCACUCCACAAGACCAAGAUGACGACCAAGGUGUAGAGGACACAACAGAGGGCUACCUGAAGUCGUCAGAUCCCCGACAGGCGCGCAAGCAGAUGAAGAAGUUCCAAGCAGACGGCACGGAGCGCGAGGUUACAGACCCCGUCACCCAUCUGCCAAUCAAGAUCCACGACUACACCAACCAGGAACUGAAGAGCACUGCGAAGAACCCACCUCCCCCCGGAUCAGAGCCGCGGACAAUGACCGGCACCGAUGCAAUUAACAAGAGCGACGAGCAUCUCGAGGAUGAGGCACAAGAGUCCCGGGAUGCACAUGCCGGCAUGGACGUCUUGUUCCCCCCUCCUUCGUUUGACAGAACCCGAGGCGAGAUUACAACCGUCUAUCUGUACGCCGUGACUGUGGGCGUGGGUGCUGCUGCCGUGGGCUUGAUGUUGGUCAAUGCGCUGUUCUGGCCGACGCGACACUCGACGGGCUGGAUGAGACAGCUGCUCAAGCUUGCUGAGCUCGGCACAAUGGCAGCAGUAUCUGCAGGCGUCAUACUCUUCAUUCGUCAAUGGUCAGAGAAUAAGAUCAAGAAUGUGUGGGACGCCGAGGUGUGGCGGGCAGAGCGAGAUCAAGGCCAAAAGCUGGCCAAGACCCAGACGGCCGAGAGUACACAGUGGCUCAACUCGCUUCUGGCUUCAGUAUGGCCGUUGAUCAAUCCAGACUUAUUCACAAGCAUAUCCGACACACUCGAGGAUGUCAUGCAAGCCUCUCUCCCGAGCAUGGUUCGUAUGGUGGCUGUCGAGGACCUUGGUCAAGGUAGUGAGGCUCUUCGAAUUCUCGGUGUCCGCUGGCUCCCUACCGGCGCAGCUGCUAGGUCGGUCGCCUCUGACGGAAAUCUCAAAUCCUCUGGUGAGGAGAAGGGUGACCGGACUGUCCAAGACAAUGGCGAGGGUCAAGCUCAACACCAACAAGACACAAUGGAAGCCGAAGAUGGCGAUUUUGUUAACGUGGAAGUUGCAUUCGCAUAUAGGCCAUCAACGGGUAAAGGCAUUAAGUCACGUGCUAAACAUGCGCAUCUGCUGUUAGCAUUCUACCUCCCAGGCAACGUCAAGCUCCCUGUCUGGGUUGAUCUCGCGGGCGUCGUUGGUGUAAUGCGUUUCCGUCUGCAGCUGUGCCCCGAUCCCCCAUUCUUUUCCGUCUGUACCAUGGCAUUCAUGGGCCAGCCGAAAGUCACACUGUCGUGUGUCCCUCUGAUUAAGAAAGGACCAAAUCUUAUGGAUGUACCUUUGAUCUCCAAAUUUGUCCAGUCGUCCAUGGAUGCCGCCUUGGCCCAAUAUGUCGCCCCCAAGUCUUUGACGCUGGACCUCAAGGAUAUGUUGAUGGGUGAUGAUUUCAAGAAGGACACAGUAACCCAAGGUGUGAUUAUGGUUCACAUAAAGCAUGCAUUCGACUUUAAAGAGGGAGACACCAAGAUUGGGCCUUUCGGAUCAGGCUCCGCUGACCCUUAUAUCAGCGUAGGUUGGGCAAAAUUUGGAAAGCCGGUUUGGUCUACUCGUGUCUUGAAGAGCAAUAUGGAGCCUUCCUGGGAUGAGUUCUGCUUUGUUUGCGUUACCUUCGACGAAUUGAACGUCGAUGAAAAGCUGAGACUACAGCUGUGGGACAGCGAUAGGGUCUCAGCCGAUGACGACCUGGGACGUGUCGAGCUGGAUCUCAAAGGUCUGAUGAAGGGUGACGAGACGAACGGCAAGAUGCAGGACCGUGAAGACGGGUUUAGAGCCCUCAAAGCCGGAGAAGGCAUGCCUGGGAAGCUGAGCUGGAGUGUCGGCUACUUUACGAAAACCAGAAUCACGGACGAUCAGCUAGCCAUGCAAGACGAAGACCCCGAUGUCAAGUCGAUAGACCAACUGAAGAAAAAGAUGUACGCGGAAGCAGAAAACAAACUUCGAGAAGCGAGCCAGGAUCAUCAAGAUGAGGUAGAACAACAAAAGAGAGAGGACUUUAAGAAUCGCCAAGAUCAGCUCAUUAUCGCUUCACCGCCAUCUGAGGAUUACCCCUCUGGUAUUCUGAGCAUUCAGAUCCACCAGAUCACCGGUUUGGAAUUGGAAACGCUGAACAAGAAGCAAGCUUCCGCCAAUGCGGAGGCCACUGAUGAAGAAGAAGAAGGUGAAGACCUUCCUUCGUCGUACUGCACGAUAAUCUUGAACCACAAGAAGGUUUUCAAAACACGCACCAAGCCGAAAAACUCGAAGCCGUUCUUCAAUGCUGGUUGCGAACGCUUCAUUCGUGACGUCCGCAAUACCGAGAUACACAUCGCAGUACGCGAUGCUCGCAUUCACGAGGAUGACGCACUGCUAGGCAUUGUGUAUCUUCCCUUGGAAAAGGUUUUUCAGAAGCGCACCCAAAUCAAUUCCGUUUUCCCACUUGCAGGAGGUAUAGGUUAUGGACGUAUCCGUGUGUCUAUGGUGUUCCGAAGCAUCCAAAUCCAAUUGCCGAAGAACAUGCUCGGUUGGGACUAUGGUACCGUGGAUAUCAAACCCUCUGUGAAAGCUAUCGAUCUCCCAGAAGACUUGCAGCCACUGAGGCUUAAGGUGCGGACCUCGCUGGAUCAUGCGAAGUUGCAUUCACGCGGACGCAAUGGUAAAGUUCAUUCGGAAGAUGGUUCAACUGUCUGGACAUCGAGGAGGAACAGACCAAUUCGCUUGCCUGUUCGUGCGCGGUACUGCGCCCCGCUGGUCUUCGAGUUUAGGCAGGAUGCGACAUUGAAAGAUCACACGCCUGCUUUCGGCGUUUUUUGGCUCAAGGACAUACCUGAUAACGAGGAGCAAACGGUGCGUGUCCCCAUUUGGAGUGGCGACUUGAAGCGUGCUGAGGAAAACGUGCUCGACACCUAUGGCGAGAAGGUGGGCGAGAUUGAAGUAACGUUAACGAUGUGGUCCGGCCUAUCUGGUUACCAUGAGAAGCUUGCCAAGGGAGAUAAGCAUCUGGCGCAAGUCAUGGAAGUCCUCGACACUUGUAACGACCAAGAGUGGGAUGAUUGGGACGAUUCGCAGAGCUCUGACAGACCCGACAUCAAUAGCAACAAGGAAACCGACAAUGACAGCUCAAGCUCUUCUUCUUCUGACUCGGAGGAAGAUGGUGAUAGCGGCCCCAGCAAGUUCCUACCAGACUUCCUUCAGAAAGAUAAAAAGAGCAAUUCAAAACUGAGCGAGCAUGGUGGUCGAGGCCCCAUUAGCCAGACCAAGGAAUACAAUGCCUCUGCAAAGCAGCUGCAUCGGAGAAAUAGGGGCAUGAUGCAGUGGAAAGGACCUCGAACAUUGGCUUGGAUGAAGCAUGUAGGUGAUCGCGGAAAGAAGAAGGUGGGCCACUUAUUCAAUCAUCAUGAACGGAGCGGCGAUGGGAUCGAGACGGAGGCUUAG